GGGGCGGGGAAGAAACGCUUGAGGCUCCAGCCGCACGCACGCCGACCCGGCGCGCGGGGCCGCGAGCUGGAGGCGGGGCCUGCGGCUGCGAGCCCCUGGUUGGGCGGAGCCAAGGCUGACGGGCGGGGCGGAGAAAAUUCCGGAGCGCCGCGGCGGGGGAGGGCCGCGCUCGGCGCCGGCACGAGUGCCGCUGGCCUGAGCCGAACCUCUAGCCUAUACUGCCGCCCCCGCGGAAGCGUACGCCGACUGGGAAGUGAAGUGGCAUGAGGCGAAAUGAGGCGGAAUGAGGCGGAAUGAGGCCUGCGCGGCGCCGCCGCCCGCUCUCGCCGCGGCCGGCUGAGGUAGGUGCGGCGGCCGCAGUCGCGAAGACCCGAGAGCUCCUCCGCUGAGGACCGGCGGGCGGGCGUGGAGGCCUAGGGCGAGCGGGGUAGCCGCCCGCUCGUCGCCGCUGACCCGGAGCCCGGCCGCGGUUUCCGCUCCCUCCGGUGGCGGGCGGGCCUCCCAUCCACCACCCCGCCGCCAGCGCCCGCCAGCGUCCGAGGCCGGGGAGAAAGGGGAGCAGCGGGAGCCGGAGACCACCGGAGAUGGGAGCACGCCUCGUGCUGCUGUAGUCUAGCCGCAGGUUCCGGAGGAAUGCCCGCUCCCGGCUGGAGUGCUACCGGCCCCACACGGACCUGAGCCGCGACCACGCGGGCUGCAGCCUGCAACACAUCAGGGACCCGGAGAACGCGGACGCGAAAGCGCCGCCGCUCAGCACUCCCGAAGAAACACGGAGUCCGGAGAAGCACAGGCGCCGCCCCAGCGCGCACAGCUCCACUCAGCAGCUUCCUUCCUACCACACACGUAGGAAUGGGAGCCGAGGACUUGAUGCUUGAGGACUUCCUCUAGCAUAAAAGAUGGAAAGAAAACACACACAGAAGCAAGGGACCAAAGGAACAGAAAAGAAGCAGAGAUCAUAGGAAAACUGCGAAUAAAUACCUGAUAAUAUCUUCCAAAGGAUUAGAGAAGACAUAACAUUCAUUAAGAAUGCACAUAUAGAUGUAUAUAUAUAUAUACGUGGAAGAGGCCUGAUAACCUGCAUUUCUAAGAAGCUCCAAGAUGUUGCUGCUAGUUCCAGGACCACACUUUUGAAUUUGGAGGCUGAGAUGAAGAAAACCUGCUUGAUAUCAUACAGUCAGGAGUCAACUGAGUUGCGGCUUUGAACAUAGGUUUAUCUGAUGCCAAAGUUUGUGAUGCUCUUCAACUAUUUAGGGUACCUCAGAGUGUGGAUUUUGAAUCACCUGUAUCAGCAUCAUUUAAAAAUAUGGAUUCUGUGGUGCUGACUAGGUCUCUGAAGUCAGAAUAUGAAGUGGAGCUAGGAAUCUACCUUCUUAACAAGUUCCCUAGAUCCCUAAGGGUAUCCCUGAAUGAUACAGUUUUGUUUGAAAGACUGAAAAGCCCAAACCUGGCACUUUUGGGAAAUAGCAGUAAAUCAUUGAUAUGUGAAGGUUCCCAGCAGGAGUGCUGAAUAAUAUUCCAUUGUCUGGAUGUGCCACAGUUUAUUUAUCCAUUCACCUCCAGAAGAACAUCCUGGUUGCUUCCAAGUUUUGCCAACUAUGAAUAAAACUGUUACAAACAUCUGUGUGCAGGUUUUUGUGUGGACAUGAGUUUUCAACUCAUUUGGGAUAAAAAUUUACAGGAAUUCAGAGGAAAAUAUUUCAGUGGUCAUUACUAAAACGCUCAGAGUCAGAUACAUUCAGCAUCAUACCGUAAGUCCCGUUAGUCAAAGCAUAAACAAGUGCAGAACCUGGCGGGGCUUCCUUCAAGUUGGUUGAGUCCAUCUGGGAGGAUUCACUCAGCAAGAGGCAGAGGAACCAAGGCAGGAUGAAGACAUUGCCUGUGCUCGUGCUGUCUCUUACCUUACUGACUGUCUUCUCAGAGACCUCCCCGAUUUUGAUGGAGAAGCAGGCCAAACAGCUCCUAAGAUCUCGGCGACAGGAUAGACCAAGCAAACCUGGAUUCCCCGAUGAGCCAAUGCGGGAACACAUGCACCACCUGCUCGCCCUGGAGCAUCGCGCCGAGGAGCAGUUCCUGGAGCACUGGCUGAACCCUCACUGCAAACCCCAUUGUGACAGGAACAGGGUUCAUCCUGUGUAAGGGGAUUAGGACCAGCCUCGCAAGCAUUUUAAUAGACAACAACCUGGAUAAUGUUGAAACAAGACGAGGCUGCUUUUUACAUUUGUUUUUAAAUUGCGGAAAUGGAUGUCUUCAGACCUUGUGAACUGUGGGCAUAUCAAAGAUUGCCUUGGAAAUGGCAAAUAUAUAUAUUGCUUCAUUUUACUAACCUGCAUAAGUCACUGAAACCAAUAGCUUAAAGCAUAGACACCUGCCAAAGGUCUUUCCAUCAGUUUGCAAGAGUGGAAACAACUAGAAUCUUACCUGGGGCUGAUGGAGCUGGAACUCCCAGACCCAGAGUUGGGGCAGGCUGCCUGCCCUAAGGAAUUUGGGGAAUCCUUGUUCAGAGUAGUGAAGCAUACCACUUGGGGUUGCUGAGUUGUUUUGUCAUCUAUUUUUUUUCCUCUUCUUUUCUGCCCUAAUAAACAUUGGUAUUAAAUUUA